AUGAUUCAAGAGUGCCAUAUCUAUUGUGAGCACGUUCCUGGACGACUUGAGCGUCAGCGUCGAGCCGAGGAGGCCACAGCUGCAGCUGCAGCUGAGAAGCAGCGACGACGCGAAGAGAAAGAAGAACGUCGCAGACAGAAGGAGGAACGGCGGCGAAGACAUGCAGAAGAAAAGGAAAGGCUGCGGGAAGAGCAGGAACGUCAGAGAAUAGAAGCUGAGGAAGAGGAGCGACGUAGACAAGAGGAGGAGCGCUUACGUGAAGCAGAGGAGGAAGAGCGCUUACGCAAGCAGGUUGAAGAAGAGGAAGAACAGCUAAGAAGAGAGGCGGAGGCGGAAGAAGAGGAGGAGAGGCUGCGCCAAAAUGAAGCAGAAAAGCAAAGAAUGAGGGAGGAGGACGAGGAGCGGUUGCAGCUUCAAAGGCACAAGAAAUGGGAAGCUUUGCAAGCACAGGAGGACCAGCAGGCACACCAGACAGAGUCGCGGUCAAGCAUUCAAAGCGAAAAAGGUCAUGAACAUUCGACGAGUGUUCGUCGAAGGAGGCGGCGCAGCCAUUCCAACCGGACGCAUCGCAAGGACCGGCGGCGGAGACGGACGUCAAGGUCGAGAAGCCAAUCCCAGCAUCGCAAACGGCGCAGAGGUCGAAAGAGAAGCGAAAAGAGCCAUAGUUGGGAACAAGAUGACGCACAUCUCCAAGAGAUUGCUCCGCGAGCUUGUAUUCCCAAUGGGCAAGCCAAAGAUGAGGUGCUCGAACAUGCACGUAAUGAUCAUGCCGAUGCACCUAUGGCCAACACUGCCCAGUCCAGCCAGGGAGCACAAGAUUACCGGCCUCAAGAUGUAGCUCAGCCCAGUUGGCUCCCCGCUGAACUCAUGAUGCCGACAUUUCAAGCUAUCCCGAUGCAGUGGCCGGGGUCACCAGCACUAGCACCAACAGCGCCCAAAGUGCCACCACCGCAAGCACCACAACAAGCAUCACCACCAGCAGAAGGACAAAUGGGACAAGUGGGACAAUCGACAACAGCAGUGCCAGGUCUACCAGUGUCAGGUCUGGCACCACCUGUACCAUCCCGACCGGCCAUGGAGACAGCGCCAGAACAAAAACCAACACCUUCACUACCUUCAGGACCUUCAGCACCUUCGGCACCUGCCAAAGCCAGAGGCAAGUUUUCUAUGGCCUGGGGAACGGUGCCGAGCCAGACAAAUGCUGCGGCUCCUAGUCCCGUGAACUUAUACCAGCAGCAACUCCAGCAGUGGCAGCAGCAGCAGCAACAAGUGCAGGAGCUUCACCGGCUGGAGCAAGAAAGGCAGAAAAGGCUGGAGGAGGAGCUGAGGAUCGAAUUGCAACAGCAGUUGCAGAAGGAAGCAGAGGAGAAAGCCAGGAAAGAGAGGGAAGCAGAAGAGCGGCUCAGAGCUGAAGAGGACUUGCGGAGGCAGCAAGAGAGACAGAGGAGGGAGGAGUUGGAUCGACAAAGAGAAGCAGAGGAGGAGCGUUUGGCCGAUGCAAGGGCUCUUCAAGAAGCCGAGCACGUGCGCUAUAUGAACGUGUGGCAGGAAACUGGGCUCACCUCAGCUGACAAGCAAUCUUGGCACUCGACCAUGGCAUGCGGCACAGGCAGUACGCAUCAGACUCCGGGCCCUCCUAGCCAAGAUGAGCCUGAGCAGGAUGCCACAGAGCCAUCGGCAUCCCCAAGGGUGGAGGAUGAUGAUGCUGACACCGAAGCGCCAACGGAAGAGUCGGACUAUGACCCUUUUGCCGGGGCGCAGGCCAGAAGCAAAGGCCAAGAAGGUCGUCAAGGUAGCUUUGAGGAGGAGUACAACCCCUUCGCAGGUGUCGCAGAGGACGACGCGGAGGAUGAGGGUGCGUUCGACUCCCUCAUUGAGAUGCUGCGUGCGGCCGAACGGGAGGGACACUCGCCAUCCAGGGCAAGUGAAUCUCUACCACAACGGCGUGAAUCGCGGCCACUGGACACUGGUGAGCACUUUGCCAAAGCAAAGCCCAAGCCAAAAACAAAUUACCAUUUCAACCAUGUGACUCAGCGCUGGGAGCCGAAGGCUGCGGCGCCUUCACCACCCAGGGCCGAUCCGAGCCGUGGAGGCUUCAUCAGGGACUCACAAAACCCGCAUUGGAGGCACAGCGCGCCAGCUUCUCCGCCAACGCAAGCUCCAAGAAAGCUUGUCAUCGCAGAAUGUGAAGCUGAAGCUAGAGCAGAUGCAGCCAACGGCUUUUGCACCUUUUCGCAGGCCUUCGCUGUGCGCCUGGCUUUGCGCUUUGAAUCUCGGCCCAAGGACAUUUUGGUCAGUAUGACUGAAGCAGGGCUGCCAGCUGCAAAAGAUCAGCGUUCAACUGUCAAGGCAAUCAUGCGGCUAUGCCAUCCUGACAAGUGCAAGCAUCCUGAUGCUAAGCGAGCUAUGCAAAUCUUGGGCCCCUUGCUAACUUAG